UUGUUUCAUCGUUUCUAGUUAGUAAUGCGUUUUUCUAAGAGCAAAGAUUCAUACGCACUGCUUGAUUCUUGAUAUUCGUAUCCAAAAGUUUGCAUAGGGCGGCACCAGAAAAAGUGAAUAAUAAAAACUAAAAAAGCAAAAAAACAAACGUUUUAUUAACAAGUUUUCGGGUGCAAAAUAUCCUAAGGAAAAACAAAUUAUUUAAAGAAAUUAAAAAUCAAAUCCCCUGAGCAUGAUGGAGAUGGAUUGAUAGCAGCAUAGUUAAAUGUACAUAGCAACAACAGUAAACUGAUUUUAACUCAACAACAACAACAACAAUAAUAAUAAAACAAAUAUAAAUUCAAGUGAAACUCAUAAAAUAUAAAGAAACGUCGACAAGACAAAGUGUUAGCCCACAACAAAUCAAAAAGAAGAUACCAAAAAAGAAAAGUUAUCAGUCCAACAAAUAAAAACCAUAAAAACUAAACGAAAAUCUCUAACAAAACUCAAGGGCUAAAGAGGGAUUAAGGCGCUACAGUGAGCAACAACUCCCACACUCAAGCAAACUCAGACUUCCAGUUCAGUUGUCAUACUGGCAUUUGGUGUUUGUUCAUUUAACGAAUUCAUAGUUGCUGCAAUCGUACAACAACAACAACAAGAACACCAACAUCAAAACAAGAACUAGAGGAUUUGUGUAUGGGUGUGUUAGUGUUAGUUUUAUACGACUCGUUAAACAUCGUUUGCCAUUCGCCGCCUUCAACUGCUAACCAACCCAUUGUCGCUUUACGGAUAUAGUUGAGGCUUGUUUGCUGUUUUCCAACAGUUGGUGUAGCCAGCAAUUUUUCUUGCUCCUCUUGGUUUUUAGUUUUAUUUAUUUUUUUUAUUAUUUUCUUGUUGGCUUUCGAAGCCUUCAUCGUUUGUUGUUCUUUUUUCGUGUGGCACAGUAUUCGGCCAAUUGUGGCCGAUAUAAACGACCUUCAAAACGUUUUGUGUCGAGGCAAUACGCACCAUGGGCUGCGCACAGAGUGCUGAGGAAAGGGCAGCAGCCGCCAGAAGUCGUUUGAUUGAACGCAAUCUAAAGGAAGAUGGCAUACAGGCAGCAAAGGAUAUUAAACUUUUGUUAUUGGGGGCUGGUGAAUCGGGCAAAAGUACAAUUGUUAAACAAAUGAAAAUUAUCCACGAAAGUGGGUUCACUCCUGAGGACUUCAAACAGUAUAGACCGGUUGUUUACAGCAACACAAUACAAUCAUUAGUUGCAAUACUUAGAGCAAUGCCAAAUCUUAGUAUUCAGUUUAGUAAUAAUGAAAGAGAGAAUGAUUCCAAAAUGGUAUUUGAUGUGUGUUCACGUAUGCACGACACUGAACCCUUCUCAGAGGAACUUUUAGCUGCCAUGAAACGGCUAUGGCAAGAUGCCGGUGUUCAAGAGUGCUUCUCGCGUAGCAACGAAUAUCAAUUAAACGAUUCUGCUAAAUAUUUCCUGGACGACUUGGAUCGGUUAGGCGCCAAAGAUUAUCAACCAACCGAACAGGAUAUAUUGCGCACUCGUGUCAAAACAACCGGUAUUGUUGAAGUGCACUUUUCCUUUAAAAAUCUCAACUUUAAACUUUUCGAUGUUGGUGGUCAACGUUCGGAGCGAAAGAAAUGGAUUCAUUGCUUUGAAGAUGUAACUGCGAUUAUAUUUUGUGUUGCCAUGUCCGAAUAUGAUCAAGUAUUGCAUGAAGAUGAAACUACAAACCGAAUGCAAGAAUCAUUAAAACUAUUUGACUCCAUUUGCAAUAACAAAUGGUUUACGGAUACUUCGAUCAUUUUGUUCUUGAACAAAAAGGAUUUGUUCGAAGAGAAAAUACGAAAGAGCCCUCUGACAAUCUGUUUCCCCGAAUAUACAGGUGGUCAAGAGUAUGGCGAGGCCGCUGCAUACAUCCAAGCUCAAUUUGAAGCGAAAAACAAAUCAACCUCAAAAGAAAUUUACUGCCACAUGACGUGUGCUACAGAUACAAACAACAUACAAUUUGUAUUCGAUGCUGUCACCGAUGUUAUCAUCGCUAACAAUCUCAGAGGUUGCGGUCUUUAUUAAAUUUUUAUUAUUCAGUCAUUACACACAAAAAAAAAACAACAAAAAUUUAUUUAAGAGAAAGAAGUAACGAAAAACUGUGGCAAGAAAAGUAAAGAAAUGAAAAGAAAGCUAAAUGCAAACCAACAACUACCAAUAGAGCAGUUCUAAAACUUUUUAUCAGAAAAGAAUGGUAAUGAAAAACGAAGCAAAAAAUGGAAAAAAUUACAAACAAAACCCACCAUCUCAAAAUCUCUCUGUAAAGAACAGGAUAAAUAUCACACAAAAUUUAAGAAGAAAGCAAGUAAAACAAAAAAGAUUAAAAACAAAACAAAACAAACCCAAACCGCAAAUCUAAACAAUUCAUGUUGUUUUUAUUAAAGAAAAACAAAUCAUCAACUUCAACAUAACCAUCAUCAUCAGCAACAAAGAGCAUUCUCAAGAAAUACUAUGUAAUAACACACCGCAAUAACAAUAAAAGUAAUUCUCUCUCG